AUGGAAACUGACCCUAUGAAUGUUACAUAAAAUUAAACAUAAACAAGACGUCAUUAUCCAAAAGAUGUUCAAGUAAAUUAAUAUAGAAAAUAAAAAGGGUUUAAAGUCAGAAUGGUAUGGAAUAGAGCAUCAUAUGUAAGAGAUUGGAUAAGAAAUUUAACGAAAUGAAAAAGAGAUUUUAAACCUAAGGAAGAAAGAAUUAUUGUACCUUAUUAUAUUUCAUAAAUUUAGGACUGAAUUAGAUAGAAAAAUAUUAGAGUAAUUGUAAAUAAAACAGAAAGAAUUAGAGUUAAAAUAUGAAGAUGCAUAAGAAAUGAAGAGACGAUAAAUGAAAUUCUAAGAAGAAUAAAAAAAAUUCUUAGAAGAUAAAGCUGUAUUGUAAAAGGGUUUUUCAUCUAUAUAUGAUAAAUAAAAAUAAGAUGCUUUAAUAAGAGAAAUGGAUUUGAGAUAGUAAAAAUUAGAAUGGGAAUAAUAAGCAUUGGAAGAAAAUAGAAGAAGAAUGGAAUAAGAUUUCUUAUAGCGAAGAUUAUAAAAGGAAUAAUGGGCUAAAGAAUAAGAUGCAGAUCUUAAAUUAUCUUAAUUAAGACAUUUGGAAGAGAGAGAAAGAUUUAGAAAUGAUUAAAUAGAAAUUUAGGAAUUGAAUAGAAGAAAUGCUGAAAAAGAAUUAAUUAAAGAAGAAAACUAUAAAAAUGUAUUAUGCCUAUAUUUUUAAUCAUUAGUUUUAUAGACUGUGUUCAUAAAAUUAAGCUUAAUUGUAGAGAAUGCAUAUUGAUAAUGUUUUAUAACCUUUAUUAGAGAGAUAGGCUUAAUUAGAAUCUUUGAUUUCUAAAAAUAUGGAUGCCUAUCAAAGAAAACUACUUUAAGAUGAAUUAGAUAGAGUAUUGAAGAGAUAAGAAGAAUAUAGAUAAACACUUAAUGUGAAUAAAAAAAUGUUAGAUGAAAGAGAAUAAGGAAAAGUAUAAGAGAAGAGUGUUAAAUAAGAAUUAAAUAAAUAAAGAUUAGAAGAUGUAAUAUAUUAUUAUGAUUAUAUUCAGCUAAAUAAUUAUAACUAAUUUUUAGUUUAAAGAAAAGUAGAAUAAGCAGAAUAACAACGAUAAUAUAAGGAAUAUUUAGAUCAAUAAAGAAUCGAAAAGUAUCAAUCAUCUUUAUUUAAGAGAGGAAUAGAGAUUAAAAUAAUUAAGAAUGGGAAGAUAAGAAAAAUCUAUGAAUAUGUUGGAUUUAUAGGCUUACAAAAAUUAAGAUGCUUAAUUAAAUGCUAAAAUUAUUGGAUGGUCUCCAUAAGUUGGGUAAUUUUAUAAUUCUAUAAAUUUAGUUAAUUACCUCCAAAAUAAGAUUAUUUAUUAAAAUAAUAAUCUCUAGCUUAAUUAAAAUAAGAUGAAAUGAAUACAAUUAAUUAGAAUUUGAGUAAUGUUUCUUAAGUCAGUCGAGGCUAAGCUUUAAGAGGAGCAGGCUAAAAUGCUAUACAUUAAAAUCAUAAUCCACUUACAAAUCCUAUUCCUUUCAAUAACCAAAACCCUUACAUAUAGAAAUAAUAUGAAUAAUUGAUUAGACCUAGACCUUAUUGA